UCCCAGUCAGAGACCAGCUGUGGACCGGAGAGCGAUAGCGGACGGAGCAGAGAGAAGCGGCGCUCCGGGAGAGCUGACUCUGUCGCAUCUUCUGAUAACAAACCCGGGCAGAGGGCACGUCUUUGUCUUGGAGCACAUCCAGCAGGAGAGCAGCUCACACCGAUCAUCUGAGCUCUGUGGGUCUAUUUCAUCUCGGGGAUUACAGUGUUUGACGUUGAGGCAGUAUCAUCCGGCCACGGUUCGUGUGUUUACAUCGGAACCUUGACCACGGUGGAAGUUAUCUGGAGGACUUGUGCGGACGCGCAGCAGAGCGUGGGUUUCUCUGUUUGUGUAACUCGGAACGGAUGGGUCGGAUUGGAGUUGCGUUUGCAGUGUUUUUAAAGGUUCAAGUGUUUCCAUCAAAGUUUCACGCCUUUGUCCUGUCCCGCAGCUUUUUCCACACCGCUCGGCAUGUUCUGACAGUGCGUAAUUGCUGUUUUCCUGCGCCCUUUCCACAGGCGUCACAGGUAGGCUACCUGAGCUUACCGACACCGCUGCUGAUGACAACGGAUCACCUCGCAGCGUAACGUGACAGUUCGUUUUCUGGUUCGGGGCUGCAGCCUCUCAAAAACGCACUCCGCGUCCAUCAUGGAUGAUGUGGGGGGGAUCCAUCUAUGCACCUGGAUGAAGUCGCCCAAAAGGAGCGCCCGGGACGUUUUGAAAACAUACCUGGGGGUAUUUGUGAUGCUUCAUCUCGUGCUCCACACUGAAGCCUCCUCUGUGUCCAAAUCCUGCGAUAAAAACUGUUUUUCAGGGAAGUGCAUCAACGGGACCUGCGUGUGUGACCAUGGAUGGGUCGGAGAUCAGUGCCAGCACUGCCAGGGAAGAUUUAAGUUAACAGACCUGUCGGGCUCUCUCACAGAUGGACCAGUAAACUAUAAGUACAAGACCAAAUGCACUUGGCUAAUUGAAGGAUAUCCUAAUGCAGUACUCAGGCUGCGCUUCAAUCACUUUGCCACAGAGUGCAGCUGGGACCACAUGUACGUCUAUGAUGGAGACUCCAUUUACGCCCCUUUGAUUGCUGUGUUCAGUGGUCUAGUAGUACCAGAGAGCAGGGGUAAUGAGACUGUCCCCGAGGUCGUAACGACGUCCGGCUAUGCUCUGCUUCACUUCUUCAGCGAUGCUGCCUACAACCUGACCGGCUUCAACAUCGCCUACUCGAUAAACUCUUGUCCCAACAACUGUUCGGGCCACGGCAGAUGCAGCACUGCCAACUCUGUCUCGGGUCGUGUGUACUGCGAGUGUGAGGAGUACUGGAAAGGAGAAGCCUGCAACAUCCCGUACUGCAGGGAUAACUGUGGCAGCCCGGAUCACGGCUACUGUGACCUGACUGGAGAAAAGCUGUGUGUCUGCAACGACAGCUGGCAAGGUCCUGACUGUUCUCUGUCCGUUCCCUCCACUGAGGCCUUCUGGGUGCUGCCAAGUGUCAAACCGUCAGCUCAGUCUCUCGGUCGGGCGUCCCAUCAGGCUGUGGUGCACUCUGGGCUGAUGUGGGUGGUGGGAGGCUACUCUUUCAACUACACCAACUACCACAUGGUCCUCAACUACAACCUAGAGACCAGUACGUGGGAUGUGGUGCCCGUCAGCAGUGGCCCCCUCUACAGAUACGGUCACUCUUUGGCUCUGUACCAGGAUGACAUCUACAUGUUUGGUGGGAAGCUGGAGGCAAAAUCGGCCAACGUGACGGACGAGAUGUGGGUGUUCAACAUCCCCAGACGGACCUGGUCACCACGGAAACCAGCCCCACCUCCUCCUUACACCCUGGAGGGGCACACUGCCCACGUGGUGGAGCUGGCUGACGGCGAGCCAGUGAUGCUGAUCUUCUUCGGCUACUCACCAAUCUACAGCUACAUCAACAAAGUUCAGGAGUACAACAUCAGGUCUAACUCGUGGCAGGUUGUGUCUGCUGGAGGUGCGGUGGUCCAGGGAGGUUACGGCCACAGCAGCGUGUACGAUGAGGCCAGUGGCUGCGUGUUUGUCCACGGGGGAUACAAGGCACUUAGCAACAACAAAUACGGCCUGGUGGACCACAUGUACCGAUACCACGUCCACACGAAAACAUGGUUGAUCCUCGGGGAGAGUGGUCUGGCACGGUACGUCCACUCUGCGGUGCUGCUGAGCGGCACUGUGCUGGUUUUCGGGGGAAACACUCACAAUGACACGUCUCUAAGCAACGGAGCAAAGUGCUUUUCCGCUGACUUCAUGGCGUACGAUAUAGCUUGUGAUGAAUGGACUGUCCUCCCCAGACCAGGUCUGCACCGGGACGUCAACCGCUUUGGACACUCUGCUGUGGUUAGCAAUGGCUCCAUGUACAUCUUUGGAGGUUUUUCUGGCCUCCUUCUGAACGAUGUGCUGGCCUACACCCCUCCGUCCUGCCCGGCCUUUUCUAACCCAGCUUUGUGUGCUGCUGCUGGGCCGGGCCUUCGCUGCCAUUGGGUCAAAGGUAGAUGUGUCCCCUCGGAACCAAGGUCACCUGAGCACAUUUUUCCUGCUCCUUUUUGCCCUCCACGACCCGACAGUACAGACGAGCAGUGUUUCCGGUUCUCAGACUGUGCGAGCUGCACUGCCAACACACGGGGCUGUCAGUGGUGUGAGGACAGGAAAUGUAUCUCUGCAUCUAGUAACUGCACCGUGCUGACUCUGGAGCUGGCCCAGCAGCAUGGCGGCGCUCUGUCUCUGUCUCCCCCACCAUCCAUGUUGUCUGAACAUCAGCUGAGCUUGUGGAAGCACGGAGCCCGAAGGAGGGGACAUUCGGUGACAGACUCGUCGAGGUGUAAGCGCAGGGAGGAGCAGGAGUGUUUCAGACUGGCCAACUGCAGGAGCUGCUCCCUCAAUGUCAACUGUCAGUGGGAGCUACAGCAGCAGGAGUGUCAAGCACUGCCUGGCCAGCUGUGUGGGGAGGGCUGGCACCAUGUCGGAGAGGCCUGCCUGAGGAUCAACUCCAGCAGAGAGAGCUAUGAUAACGCCCAGCACUACUGCAAAAACCUGGGAGGAAAUAUAGCCUCUUUGCUCACAGACAAACAGGUCAAUUUUGUUCUGGAAGAGCUUCAAAAAUACCAACUGCAAGAAAAGACAUUAUCUCCCUGGGUUGGCUUGAGGAAGAUCAACGUGUCCUACUGGGGCUGGGAGGACAUGUCACCCUUCACCAACACCAGCUUGCGAUGGUUACCUGGAGAACCCAACGACUCAGGCUUCUGUGCUUACCUGGAGCGGACGCAGGUGGCUGGUCUUAAAGCCAACCCCUGCACAGCCAACACCGACGGCCUCAUCUGUGAAAAACCUGCUGGGAGUCCACAGAGUCAGAGUGCUCGUCCCUGUAAGACGCCCUGCUCUCUGCACACCAGUUGUGCCAACUGCACCAGCCAGGCCAUGGAGUGCAUGUGGUGCAGCAGUACACAGCGCUGUGUCGACUCCUCGGCGUAUGUCAUCUCCUUCCCCUACGGACAGUGUCUGGAGUGGCAGACCCAGGACUGUACUGCCCAGAACUGUUCAGGUCUGAGGACAUGUGCAGAGUGUUUGGAGAGGGCGGAGUGCGGUUGGUGUGGUGAUCCCAGUAACACCGGCAGGGGGGUUUGCAUGGAGGGCUCCUACCGAGGCCCCCUGAAGCCCGCCACUGCCAGGACUGGGCCCCGGGACCGAGACAGACUUCGUGACAGGGACAUGGUGCUGGAUCAGAGUCUCUGUUCAUCUGAUAGAGGCUACAACUGGGCCUUCAUCCAGUGUCCCGCGUGUCAGUGUAAUGGCCACAGCAGGUGUGUGAACGGCAGUGUGUGCGAGCACUGUGGGAACCUGACAGCAGGGACGCACUGCCAGAGCUGCAUGCCCGGUUACUAUGGCGACUCCAUCAACGGAGGGAAGUGCAAUGCAUGCAAGUGUAACAGCCAUGCCAAUGUGUGCCAUGUCAACACAGGGAAGUGCUUCUGUACAACUAAGGGCAUCAAAGGAGACCAGUGUCAACUAUGUGACUCCGAGAACCGUUACCUUGGUAACCCUCUCCGAGGAACAUGUUAUUACAAUCUGUUGAUCGAUUACCAGUUUACCUUCAGCUUGCUUCAGGAAGAUGACCGCUACUACACUGCCAUCAACUUCAUGGCUACACCUGACCAGGCCAACAAGAACCUCGACAUGUCCAUCAAUGCCUCGAACAACUUCAACCUUAACAUCACGUGGUCCUUAAGCUCAACAGCUGGCACCAUCUCAGGUGAGGAGAUGCCCAUCAUAGCGAGGACCAACAUCAAGGAGCACCGUGACAGUUUCUCGUGCGAAAAGUUCAACUUCAGACUUCACCACAACAUCACCUUCUACGUCUAUGUGUCCAACUUCAGCUGGCCAAUCAAGAUCCAGAUUGCUUUCUCUCAACACAACAGCAUCAUGGACCUGGUGCAGUUCUUUGUCACCUUCUUCAGCUGUUUCCUGUCUCUGUUACUGGUUGCUGCUGUGGUUUGGAAAGUCAAGCAGACCUGCUGGGCCUCACGACGUAGAGAGCAGCUGAUGAGAGAGCGACAGCAGAUGGCCAGUCGUCCCUUUGCUUCGGUUGCUGUAGCGCUGGAGGUGGGCGGUGACCAAGAGGAGCUUCUACAGGUAUUGCUAUAGCCAGUGCGCUGGUUGACACAUCACAACAGCGAGUGAUGGACUUCAAAGACAGAGGCCUGGGUCUUAAGCACCGCAAACACACUGUGCACCACCAAGGGACCUGUGUAUGAACUGGACGCCCUCAACGAGGAGACAACAUAUCCACUGUGCCCCCCCAGGGGAACUUCACUGGAGAUAUGCUCAUUGACUUUAGAGAGAGGGACACAUUGUAAACAAAGGCUGCAAAAAUUGGUUCUGGAUGGCCUUUGAUAGCGGCUUGGAAGGAGAGGAAAUGUGACCAUUAUCCGUCCACUGUCAGCAGGCACCCAAACUGGGAAUAAAUGGUACUUGUGGUCCCUUUCUUCCCUCAGAAAAUCAAAUGGAAAACUUCUUCAUCCACAUGCUCUUUUUGUCCCUUGUGUGUAUAUGUUGGUCCCGAUGAGCCAGGAAAACACAAAUUGGAAAUGUGCAGACAACAAGAAUGUGUUUCUACACCACAGCUUUGGUCAGAAUUUUACAGACUUUCCCACUUCCAUGCCACGAGCCUCUGCAUCUCCAGGGCUCUAGUUGUCUGUCUGUCAUGCAGACAACGUUUGUUUUACACCAAUAAACCAAACUAAAUGGCUCUGAGCUCCUGUGAAAGAUAUUGAGCUGAAAUUAACUGAGCUGAAAUGAAGUCCUCCGGACUUACAAACCCACUCGGCCUCAGGAGCAACGCUGGAAACAACAACAUGGACCUAACUAGAUCAAUGAAAAACUGUAGUGGGUGGUGUUCUGUGACAAGGAUUUGCUUGAGGGGAAAGUCUCCUGGGAAUUUUCAAGACUACUUUUGUUGAAAUGUUGAAGAACUGCAUCUUGCUACGAACGUCAUUGGGCGCAACUGUUGAAAUGUGUUCUUUAUGAAAUACAUGAAAUUCUUUUUUUUCCUGCACCAACAUUUGAAGUUUGACAUUUUGAUAUCUGCUCAGGUCCUCUGUGACGGAAAAGGCUCCAUUAUCUGUAGCUUUGGGCCUUAAACACGUCUGUAUAUGCACUAUAAGUGAAAUGCUUUACCAGUACAUUAGGACCCGAUAAUAUUAUGCAACUGAUCAUCCAAAUGUAAUGUUUAUUCUGGGCUGCGAUGUAACCUCAAGGUCAGUAUCAUCAAACACAUACUACUGAUGGUAUUCAUAUGUCUAUUCAUUCAUUUAUUACUGUGAAUAUACAGUAUAUACACACAUCUUUUCUCAUGAUCUCCAGUAAAUGCUAUGUUAAUUUGUGAUACAAACUUUUAUGUAACAUAUCUCCUUAUAUAAUAUUUAUUAAUUAUGCAAAAAAUACAGUUAAACAAUAAUUUAGCAAGUUUUACAAAUGCACUAAGGAUUUCUUUUAAACAGAAAAAGUAAAUGAUUGAUUUUACAGUCUGUGCAGUAUUCCCUUUUUUGCUUGUCCCUCGGUCUUUUCAUUUUCAAAUAUUAUAUUUUAUGAAUAUCAUAGCAGGUUUUGUGUGAUGUCAAAAAGUUUUCCCCCUCACUAGUUGUGUUAAACCUUCAUUAGAUAUUGUAGAGUCACUUUUUAUCAACUGCACAUACACAGUAGCUGUAUGUCUAUGCACAUGUAUUGUCUAUAUAUUGAGCCUGGUUGUUUUCAUUCAGGCAUUUUGUUUUCAUGUAAUUUUGCACCAAUUUGUUGUUGAGACUUCUAUUAACAAAGGGCAGCUCACCACACUGUUUUUGUCCAUAUGAGCAUAAAACUGUACAUUUACAAUUAAAACAUUUUGAUGCCUCUUCGUAUGGUAAUUGGAUCUGAUAUACUGUGUUACUGUCUUACCUCUGGUGUUGUGGCAUUGUAUUGAUCGGUGUUCUCAGGAGGUCAGAUGACAGACUCAGCCAACACUAUAGACUGUGUCAUCCAACACUGCUGAUAGAGUUACAUCAGGACUGGCUCAGCAUUCUGAAUGGCAAACAGAGAAUGAAUAAACAGAGUACAACAGGGGUUAAUAACACUUAAUUUACAUUUUAAAUAAAAAUUACACAACAUACAUUAUUAUUACUGUCAGUACUUGGUGCACCAUACUCAGACUAAGAAUGGUGCUACUGGUUCAUUAAGUUGUGUUUGGUUGGUUAAAGAGUUCCAUGAAAUCUGGUUUGAAUUUAUGCUCCCCAAAAACUAACCUCUGAAGAUGUUAGUGACCUAACACAACCAGCAGGCUCAAAUGCUUUCUUGGAUUUGGUCUAUGAAAAACAAACUAACUUAAAGGUUUCACCUGCAGAGCACUAAUGGCUGGAUCCCUACUAACGUGCCGUGUAUAUAUUGGGUCCAUAGGGGUUAACCUUUCACCUUUCAUAACUAAAUCUAAUGUCCACUGGAUGUGGCUGUGUUCCGGUUGCACCAAGGGUCCAAACAUCUCCAAUGUUAAAAUGGAAGUGUGUCUGAGGGAGAGUGUUUGUUCUUUAGCAGCUAUAUUUACAAUAUACACACACUUACAGCUCAACAGAUGUCUUAUGCCUUUAUGUCUUGUAUCAGCAAUUCCUGGAUAUUAA